CAUCCGGGUAACUGUGGUGACCUUGGUUGGAUGAUCAUCAUGGCGGCUAUCGUCAGGUUGAGUUCUGUGUGUCGCAGAGGAGUUAAACCUCUGUUGUUCCAAAGCACGUUGUUGUCCAGGCCGCUGGUGGUACCUCACAAAUACCAGGAGCAGCCCUACCUGCUGACAGCAAGGAUUCAUGCAUCACCGGCUCUGUAUGCAGCCUCUGGCUCCAAAGCCGCCUCCCUGCACUGGACAGCAGAGCGAGUGCUGAGCAUCGCGUUGCUGGCCAUGGGACCUGUAGCCUAUUUCAGCCCUGGUCCCGUCAUGGACUAUUCCUUGGCUGCUGCCCUGACACUGCAUGGCCACUGGGGUCUCGGGCAGGUGUUAACAGACUACGUUCACGGGGACACAAAGAUCAAGGCUGCAAACGCAGGUCUCUUCCUCCUGUCCACUGUCACCUUCGCUGGUCUUUGCUACUUCAACUACAAUGACGUUGGUAUCUGCAAAGCCAUUGCCCUGCUCUGGAGCAAAUGAAUAUGACUGGACUGGGAAGCUCGGGAGGACCUAGACACUGGGACGGGAGCAAUCUUGUCCUGGCUGAUUGUAAAAAAUUCAAGGUGUUCUAUGUAAAUUCUUAUAAAUAUAUCAUGUUGACAAUUUUGACAGUGAUUCACGUGUGCAAUUGCAAUUAAUGUGGAUUGGUUCAGGCUCGGUCUUUAUGUUAAGCUCUUGCCCGUUAUACAUACUGUAAUGAUGAGCGACUGGCAUCCAUUGGUUGUGGGAGAUUAGCUUCAGUUUAUGUUCAGUGUGGACUGAAUUGAAGCUGGACUUCCCUUUAUAUUCUGAAGCUAAGCAACAGCAUGUCCAGUUAUUAAAUGUAUCACUACCAAUUCUCCAAUUCAGAGAUAUCCAGUAUCCUCAUUUGUACUUGUUGUAUUUACUGGGGAUUUUGACAGCUAGUUUUUUUUUUUUCUCAUGUUCAGGUUCUUUUUGUGGCUGAUUUCUUAAAUGUGUUUUGUUUCAGUCAUGACGUGUACAUACUACCUUUUGCUCUCCUGACAGGGGAGCACUACAGAUUCAAGCAGCGUUCGUAUGAGAGUUUGACAUCAACCUCCACACUAACGAUUCGCAAGGUUCACUAGACAUUUCUUCUGCUUCCUCAUCAAGGUGCUCAGCUUGCGUGUCCUCCUGUGUCUUUGACUGACGGGAGCAAAAUGCUGUUUGCUACUUGAAGUCAGAGACCGCAUUGUAAAACCUCCACCCUCAGUUAAGCAUGCAGUCGUAUGGUUUGUGCAUAGAGGAGCAAGGGGCUGAGAGAAUAGCAGACUGAAUUGUAUUAGCCUGUUUAAUCCUGAAGAUCUGCUCUGCUGCUCUAUUGAAGGUUCAUUAAAGGUAAGGGAGGCCAGAUCUGAAGUGCAUCCAGCAACUCUCAGCUUACCUGUGCGUCUCCAGCAGAAUGGCUAAUAAAGUCUGUGUGCAAACACUUGUCAGCUAACGCUGCAUCAUCCCCAGCAGGGUCUGAACUGAACAGCUGCAAAAUGCCGUCCUCUGCCAAUAAAAUAUCACUCAAGACCGUAACAGUAGUAUGAAUGCCUCUGUAACGUUUUGUGUUGCACUUCAUGUAUGAAUUACAAACUCUGUUCACUGUGUAGAAUGAAAAAAAAAGUCACAUUUUGAAAAUAUAUAUAUAAAAAAAAAAACAGGUACAUUUAUUUUGUCAAUUUGAAAUGUUUUGUCAGUUUACAACCAAAAAAAGCUUCAGCCAGUAUGAUAGUAAGAGCCAAUAUGGCAGGCAAGUCCAAACUUGAUGUUGCCAUGUAAUCUUGGAACAUUUGAUCAAAGCAUAUAAUUGGUGGUCCUUGCAUGCAGCUAAUUAGCAACAGCAGUUAUAUUGGUGCUGCUGGAAUGUGCAGGUUUACAGGUUUGACUUUAUCACUGUAAAAUCUGGAUUCAGUCCGUUGUCACCACGCUCAUGCAUUAAACAUCUACCGUUGGUGUGUUUGCUUACUGCAUCACUUGUCAGUUUGUAAUAUCUGUUCAGUUCAUGUAAUUUCACAUAUGCACAAAAUUUGAUGUGGCAAGAAAAGUGCACUGCCUCGGCAGAAUAAAGCUGUCUUUAUGUUUUCA